AUGGGAGGGUGGGGGGCGGCAGGUGGAUUUUUUAAUAGUUAAUGCCCAUUGGUUCCACCCACAAAAACACACGCACGGGAUUAAAGGUCGGGCGGGGAGUGCGCGAGGCAGGUAUAAACGGGUGCGGGUCUCGAGAGGACCAGUCAGUCCCCAGCAUCCUCUGAAGCCGGCGGUCGAGCGAGACAAACCUCCCACUUGGGGAACUGCCUCAACUCGGAUAGUCACCUUGACUUUAUAAUCAUCCGCCGACGACCGUGCUUCCACCUUGGCUUUCUUCACGGACAUUCAUACAUUAUAGCAUAAUCGUUUUAUUCUCCGGAACUUCUUUUGGAUUUUCUUUCCGUCUUUAGAAAAAAAUGAGGGCCGUUUGGGCUCUAUUCUCCCUCGUGCUUGUGACGAGAUGGACCGACGGAGAGGCGCGUGUCAAGCUCAACUCCAUCAGAACCAUAAUCUUACGGGAGACCCACGCGCUGCCAGUGAACCGGACCACAAGCCCCGUGACUGGCGCAGACUUUGCAAAGCUCUACCAGUGCAUCAGUGACCUGGAGUGUAAUGAGGGCAGCUACUGCCACGCGCCAUCAAAGCGGUUCUUCUACUCCCGCUGCAAGGCCUGCCGCCAGAGGAAGAGACGUUGCCAAAGGGACGGAAUGUGUUGUCCCGGCCAUCGCUGUAGCAACAACAUGUGUGUUCUGGAUAGCUUCCUGGCCCAGAGCAUCCAAGAUGAGGAGCUGAUUCCAGAGAAGAGACCAUGGAAGACGAGAGGAGCUGUCUCCAAGCUUCCCUCUGUCCGAGGCCAGGUAGGAGACAUGUGCCUGCGCUCCACGGACUGCUCCCUUGGCCUGUGCUGCGCCCGACACUUCUGGAACCGCAUGUGUAAGCCCGUGCUGCAGGAGGGCCAGGUGUGCACGCGGCAGCGCCGGAAGGUUCAGCACCUGGAGAUCUUCCAGCGCUGCCAGUGCGGGGCGGAGCUGAGCUGCAGGACCGUGCGGCAGGAAUCCCCCCCGGCCACUUCCUCUACCUCGUCGUCAUCGUCCUCUUCAUCCGCAUCCGCUUUGUCAUUAUUAUCAGCGUCAUCUUCCUCUUCCUCUUCCUCCCAUGCCCGCCACGCCUCCCCCCACACAUCUCUCCUGUCCAGCUCUUCAUCGUCCUCACCGUCAUCAGCAUCAUCCUCGGCUGUGAAGACCAGACUUCACAUAUGUCAGAGAAACUGAGAGAGAGAGGGAGGGAGGGAGUGAGACAGUGAG